AUGCCAUUGAAGCAGCCCCAGCAACGACCAGCAGCGCAAGCCCCUCCUUCCUUACCACUCGAGCUUAUCGCUCGAAUCCUAACACCAAUCUAUUACCGCAAGUCAACAACAGACUUAAAGACUUGCUCCCUCCUCUCGCGAAACUGGUAUCUCGCAACGAGACCAUUCAUCUUCGCCGAUGCAUCAAUCACAUUCGAGCCAGACCGCCCAGGUUCCAACAAUACCACUGCAUCGAAAACCCGGGCCCAUCAUGGCGACAAUCCCAACCACAUCCGCCGGCGGAUCCAAAAUCUCCUCAAAAUGGUGGAAAGCAGCCCAAAGAUUACCAAACUCGUUUCCAAUCUCAACUUGACGAUCCAUCCUGAUCCCACAGCGUCCGCAGCAUUGAAUGAAAGCGCGGCUGAUCUCCUCCUCUUUGUUCGGAAGUUGCGUUAUAUCACCAGGUUUACGCUCAGACGGCUGGACGAGGAUGGAGGGUACCCGUGGACUGGAGGUGAAGCCGGCGCUUGGUGGAGAGCCACCCUCGCCCAGCCUAUAUUCCGCUACAUCUGCUCCCGCUCGACCCUCCGUCACGUCGAUAUCGACGCAGGCGAGAUACCCUUCUCGCUCUACAUUCGAAACACCAACCUUCGCUCACUUUCCCUACGCGGGAGGUGUUUCCUCGACGUCCCGCCGGAGAAUAGCACAGGAACAGGCAGUGCCAUAACCUACCCCACCAUCCACACCCUCAAGGUUGGUGUGACGGCACUCGACCCGCCGACAUGGGUGGGCAUGACCAUGACAGAACCCCCGCCCAACACCCUAACCUACCUCUUCGAGCACCACCUCUCCAUCUUCCGGAGUCUAACCACGCUCGACAUAACGUCCCUCACCCGCGACUUUUUCGAAGUCCGGAUACUCCUACAGCUCGUCCGUAAAACCCUCCUCCACCUCCGCUGCACCAUCGUCCUCAGCGCCGUCCUCAACUUCAGUUCCAUCGCCGAACCUGACCGAGACAGUCUCGAUUUUAGCUUCUUGUCCAGACUUCGUUCGUUGAGUCUGACAUACGAUUCUUCAGACGCAGGAGUGGCGUAUUACUACCCCAUUGUGUCAGCCACCGUGGCCACUCUGCCUUGGAGGCAGCUGGAGAAUAUGGAACUCGUAUUCGACUGCCCGUGUUUGAGUCCCCCGGAGGAUUCAGAGGACGAAGAGGGUGACCACGAGGAAGGACGGCCUUGGGAUCCUAGACCCUACUUUAACGACUUGGAUUCCAAAAUCGCUCCUUACACCAUCCAGUGGAGUAAUUGGGAACCAGCAUCGUUCCAGAUGGGCAUUCUACGAGAUAUUAGGCUGAGAUUCCAGCACACCUGCGAUUCCUGUGCAAGGGACAUGGCACCUUAUGACGUCAAAGAACUUACCCCUCGACUCUACAGAUGGUUCAGAAAGGGCGGUCCGGGGAUCAGUUUAGACUGUGGUAUGACAAGGGUCGACGAGAACGACGAAGGUAUCGUCGACUUCUGA